CGUUGCCACUGCCAGCUGCUUCGAAGAGCUUCGUCGACAUCAGUGACAGGCGGAACUCCUGGAGCAAAUUCAGAAAUAGCUGAAAGCCAUUGAUGGACAGAGCCAACCGAGCAACCACAGCUCCUGCAACAUUCCUGUGACGUCCCUUUGUAUCGGAGCAACAGGAACCGCAGCUCCUGCAACGUUCCUGUGACGUCCCUUUGUAUCGGAGCAACAGGAACCACAGCUCCUGCAACAUUCCCGUGACGUCCCUUUGUAUCGGAGCAACAGGAACCGCAGCUCGCCAGUUCCAGUCACGUGCUUUUGCUGACAUGGAUGCCUCUUUGUUUGUGCAAGUGCUGGUGAUGAAUUACAUAACACAAGUGCAUGGCGAAAAAUCAUCCAAAAAGUACUUUUUCAAUAGAAGCAUUCACCUGUAUCUGAGUAUUUUAUCAUCGUUGUCUGCCGUCAAAUGUGGCCCUCUUUCACAGAUUUCUUCUAUGGUUUCUUCCAACAUUACUGAUGACGAAUUUUUCAAUUUCUUCAACAUAUCAGCUGCUUACACAAACACAUAUCAAUUAAAACUACCACACAUUUCUGAAAAAUCUCCUAAAACAAACAAUUCAAAGGAAAAACAUGCAGAAACACGUAGUUUUCCAUUGAGACGAAUCAGAGAACGUCGCUGUGUUGAUUGUGUCCAGGAAUGGGCAACGCCUCCGCUUCUAUACAAACGAUACACAACACACUUGCCACUGAAUGAGAGUGAAUGGAAACUGGAAGAUCGUUCUUACAAUUUUGAAAAAUACAAAGUCUCACUUAAUCCAUACAAAAUGCACUCACCUGGAAGACUAUUAGGAAACGAUGACACAAGGUAUAACCGUCGAACUCAUCACAAAUUACCUUGGCGUCGCCGCAAGAACAGAAAAAAACGGUUUAAAAUCCGAUCAAAGAGCCACCUGACAAACCAUUUUAGUCAGGGACCACGACCAUUCCGAGAAAGACAUCCAAUUACAUUUUACAAGAAUAGUCAACACAUAUUGCCACCAUACUCAGGAUUCAGCAGAGAAACGCACCCUUAUCCACAACAAUACAGAACUCGGAAACAUAACUAUGCACAAAACAUUCGCGAUAUUAUAAAAUACAUGACAGAUGAUGUAAGAGGUUCUGGAGUUUCAUACGAAAACCAAUUUUUUACACCACCUUUAAACAUGAGAGGAAUAAAAUUCUCGGGUGUUUACAAAUAUCCUAAUUCAAAAACUGAAAAUGAGGGUAAUGAGUAUGAGCCUAAUUACGUGGCAUCUUCUUAUCAGAAUCAGAUUUUAGUUCCUUCAAAACCUUUUAAUGGACAUGCUUACAUAGCAGAUCCAUUUCAUGCAUUCAAGCCAACGGACCCUCUAGAAAUCAAUCAUUUGGCAAGUAGCAACAUUCAUUUCAUCAAAACUUCGAAAGGAUUUCAAGGUAACAGUGUAAAUGUUGGGAAAUCCAGGAAUUUCUUUAACGUAACAAAUCCUAAUGACAUAUACUUCCCUCAACCACCUGCAGAUAUUAAAACUCAUCCUCAGGGUGCCGUUUCUGAGACAAGCAGCAACAACUUACAGUUUCCGGAAGCUUACACGACAGCUGUUUACAGACCGCUGGGACAGGGAAACCCUUCCAGCUUCAGCUCAUAUCACAUUGAAAGAAAAAAACACAAACCAAUGAGUGUAAUGCUUGACAUACAGCCAAUGACAUCGAAUUUAGAUUUACAAGUAAAAAAGAACAAUGUGGAAUCUGUCAUGCAGACUCCACAAAUACCACAUAAACCUUACCCUUUUAAGUUGAACAGUCUUUUAAGAAAUAAAUUUCACCCUUCUGCUAGCCAGAUACAGAAACCACAUGAAGGUAAUGGUGGAUAUCAAAUUGUUGUUCACCUCAAUUUGGUUCCAAAGAACAAGAAUGGUCAUCUGGCUUCUAAAAGGGAUGUAUUUUCACGCAGUUUUCACGUCAACAUCGAUGCCAGUCCCUGAUGUCAGCAAAAUGCCUUCUACAUACUGCAGUAUCUGGCUGUGUUUUUAUUUUAUAACCUUUACUUCAAUUAUAAUUGACUGUCAAACAUUGUUUUUACAAAUAAAGUUUGUCACACAUUGUCAUAAAUUUAAUUAAAUG